AUGCUCAUCGGCCGAGGGGGCGAGACCAUCAAGGAUCUCAAGAAGGAAAGCGGAGCACGCAUCGACAUCGCAAAGGAGGCUGAUGAAGAGGGCUCCACAGACAGGCAAGUGCACAUCACGGGUCCGCCGGAGUGCGUGGAGUUUGCCAAGAAGAUGAUCGAGGAUAUGCUCGGUAAGUCCCGAGAGUCCCGGGAGGGCAAAGACGGACAGAGGAAGUCCGGAGGGCGGGUCAUCAAGGUUCCGACGGACAUGAUCGGUGUCCUCAUCGGCCGGGGUGGCGAGACGAUCUCGAAGAUCCAGCGCGAGUCCAGCGCGCGGAUCGAGAUCCACAAGGAUGACCGGGAAGCCCUCGACCGGCAAGUGACCAUCACCGGGUCGGCGGACAACAUCGAGAAGGCCAUCCGGGCCAUCGACGACGUCCUCGAUGGCGCAGAGAGGGCCGGGAAAGGCUCCCGGCGUGCGGACCCCGGUAAGGAAUUUAAGCAUGCAGGUGUUAGUUCAAGUUUCCUGGUACGUGUCGCAGUUGUUCGCUUUUACGUUCAGCUCUGUUCCAGUGGAGCUGAUCUGGACGAUGAGCUGCAACUCUUUUGA